AGAGAGAGAGAGAGAGAGCGCAUUUAUUCAUAGUUUUAAACGGUAGAGAAAUAGGCAACGUGGAAGAAGAAAUCUACUGUUCCUAAUUUUGCAGGCAAUAAACGAUGUGUUCAAUGUUGAGACAAGGAGAGGACACACAGACACAAACCAGAGCCAAAGCCAAAACCAAAUAAUCAUGGCGAUGCGAAUGCCUUAUUAUCGACCUUUCAUGUCGACUUUUAAAAAUGCGAGGGACCUGCUUGGGACUAUAAUGAAUGAUACUGUUCUGUCAAGUAGCAAAAGCUGGCAAUCUUCAAGCAGAGUGACUAGAGUCGUAUCUUUUCAGGGCUCAGUAAAGUCUGUACAAACAACAUGCAGGAUCUCAGUUCCUGGCACUUCGCCGGAAAAUAAAAAUAAAACGUCUCCAAUCUUUUUGAGGGACAAGAAGUUGGUUCCUGAAUCAGAUCCUCCAGGCAUGAAAGAUGUGAACCUUUUGUACCAAUUCUUUGAUCAGAGUACCAAGCUUGUGGUUUUGACCGGUGCUGGAAUAAGCACAGAGUGUGGAAUUCCUGAUUAUAGAAGCCCCAAUGGAGCUUAUAGUUCAGGUUUCAAACCAAUUACCCAUCAGGAGUUUCUCCGUUCAAUCCGGGCUCGAAGGCGGUAUUGGGCAAGGAGCUAUGCUGGGUGGAGAAAGUUUACUGCUGCACAGCCUGGUGCAGCUCAUACUACCUUAUCAUCUCUUGAAAACGCCAGCCGAAUAAAUUUUAUGAUUACACAAAAUGUUGACAGGCUGCAUCAUCGAGCUGGAAGUGACCCACUUGAAUUACAUGGGACUGUUUAUAAUGUAAUUUGUUUAGAUUGUGGUUUUUCUCUUUGCCGGCAUCUAUUUCAAGACCAAGUAAAGGCCCUUAAUCCAAAGUGGGCAACAGCAAUUGAAAAUUUGGAUUAUGACAGCCAGUCGGACAAGAGCUUUGGCAUGAAGCAAAGGCCUGAUGGUGAUAUUGAGAUUGAUGAAAAAUUCUGGGAGGAAGAGUUUCACAUCCCAUCCUGCCCUAAAUGCAAUGGAGUGCUCAAACCUGAUGUUGUCUUCUUUGGUGAUAAUGUUCCCAAGGAUAGAGCUGAUAAAGCAAUGGAAGCUGCAAAAGAAUGUGAUGCUUUUCUUGUGCUUGGGUCAUCUCUGAUGACCAUGUCUGCUUUCCGACUUGUUAGGACUGCUCAUGAGGCAGGUGCUGCUACUGCAAUUGUAAAUGUAGGUGUAACCCGGGCUGAUGAUUUUGUGCCUUUGAAAAUCAAUGCUCGACUGGGAGAGAUACUGCCAAGAUUGCUUAAUGUUGGGUCUCUCAGCAUCCCCGCUCUCUAGUGAUUGUACCAGAAAAGGAAAAGGAUUGGUUUCUUGGCUGGAAUUUAAAGAUAGCCCUCGGUUGAUGAUGCCAAUUAAAUAUUCUUCUUAUUUUGGUUAAAAUAUAAUUCCUAGGUCAUUGCUGGUUAUCCAAGACUUUUUUUUUUUUGGUUAGUACCCAAUACGGUUUUCUUUCUAUUUUAAAUAAAUAGCUGGGGCAAAGUAGAGACAAAAAAUGUGUGGAAGGAAAAGAAGGAAAGAGGAAGGCACUACAUCAUAUAUUCAUUCCUCUGCAAUGUGUUAUACAGGUAAAUUUGUGGGGGAGAUGUGUUAAAAGCCAGUCAUCAAAGGGGUCGAUGGUAAUUAUUCCCACAUGGGGAUAAAAGAAGUGUGUAUUGUUUAUGCAGCCUCCAGGAAGCCAAAUUGUUUGGUCUCUUCAAAUUAAUAUAAAAUGAAACAGAACCAAUUUUUUAUUUUUAUUUUUAUUUUAUUUUUUCCCCCCAGCCGAUAUGCUUAAGCAUUUAUAUUUUGAUGAACUGGGAACCUAUCAUUAGCUCAAAAUUAUGGAUUGGUACGUUAUCUAUUUGUUAUUGUGUCAAAUCCUAAUGUUCCAAUCAAAAUUUGAAGUAUUUUUUAACAUGUA